GAAGCAGAUGAUAUGGCAGCUUUGAGAGCGACCAGGUGGAACUUGCUUUGUUCAUGCGUCUGAACCUCAGGACAUGAACCCACCGUGACUCCGAGCCGGCGUCGGGAAGCAGCUGCUUCGAGAUGAUUUACCUGAUCCUCAUUUCCGUGUUCUCCGGGGCGGUCGCCACGUUGAUAGUUCAGUUCCUGCUGAUCUACCGGAGGAGCCCGGAGCCCGCAGGCAGGACGGUGCAGUACGUGAAAGUGCUGCCUGAAAACGCACUGAAGGAUUACUUUAAUGCCCAUCAUGCCGAGGCAGGACAGCAGCAGCAGCAGCAGCAGCAGGACGGCCCGGCAGCAGCUGCCACCGCCGCGGCUCACAGGCAGCAGGAGGCCGCCUCGGCGCGGCAGCAGGAAGCGGCAGGCACCGGAGGGAGCCCCAAGCAGCCGCCGGCCCGCAGCAGCGAGCCCGGUGGGGACGCCAACGCCAACAAACCCGAGACGUGCAAUUUCCUCAACGCGAUAUUCCUGUUCCUGUUCAGGGAGCUGCGCGACACCCCGGUGAUCCGACACUGGCUCACCAAGAAGAUCAAGGUGGAGUUCGAGGAGCUGCUGCAGACCAAGACGGCGGGUCGCCUCCUGGAGGGGCUCAGCCUGCGAGACAUCUCCCUGGGCAACUCUCUGCCCGUCUUCAAGAGCGCCACGCUGAUGAAGCCGGUGCACCUGAACGAGGACGGCAUGCCGGAGGAGCUCAACUUCGAGGUGGACAUCGAGUACAAUGGCGGCUUCCACCUCGCCAUCGACGUGGAGCUGGUGUUCGGGAAGUCUGCCUACCUGUUCGUGAAGAUGCGACGGGUGGUGGGCCGGCUGCGGCUGCAGUUCACCCGCAUGCCCUUCUCCCACUGGUCCUUCUCCUUCCUGGAGGACCCGCUGGUGGACUUCGAGGUGAAGUCCCAGUUCGAGGGCAGACCGCUGCCCCAGCUCACCUCCAUCAUCGUCAACCAGCUGAAGAGGGUGAUCAAGAAGAAACACACGCUGCCCAACUACAAAAUCAGAUACAAGCCCUUCUUCCCGUUCCAAGUGCAGCCUUCGCUGGGUUCAGCCUGUGAUUUGGACCUGUUGGUGCAGGAGAGCAAGCUGGGGGAAGGCAGACUCAAAGUCACCCUCAUUGAAUGUAGCAGACUGUUCAUCUUGGGCUCCUAUGAUAGAGAAACCUAUGUCCACUGUACUCUGGAGCUGAGCAGCCACCAGUGGAAGGAGAAGACUCGCAGCUCCAUCAAACAGACGGAGGUUUUCAAGGGGCUAUGUGGCAGCGUGGGGAUGACCUUCAGGCAUGUUCCUGCCACUGAAGGGGACGCAGUCCACGUCAGCAUUGAGACGGUCACACCUAACUCUCCUGCAUCCACGGCAGAUCUGCAGAGGGGCGAUCGCCUCAUUGCCAUUGGAGGUGUCAAAGUGACAUCCUCAGUCCAAGUACCCAAACUGUUGAAGCAGGCUGGAGAGAGGGUAGUGGUCCUGUAUGAGAGACCGGUUCGUCACCAGACUUCCUCUCUGGGAAGCUUAGGAACUCUUCAGGAAGGCUUUGGGCAGCUAGAAGAACCCGGUUUUAUCCCUCAGCCAGGUGGCUAUGAGGAGGACCCCGCCCCCAUCACCAACCUUUCUGACAUAUCCGAUGGCAAAGACAUGGACUCUGAGUUUGAAGAGUUGAUUGUGGACUCCAAACCUAGUCAGGCUGGUAGCCCUCACAGUACCACAAAUACCAGUGAAACUAAGGAGGAUUUCUUACUUACAGUAAACCAAAGCCCCAAAAGGACUGUGGCCAACUUGGCCUCCAAGCCCCUUGGUUCCAUAUCACCCAUUCUAAACCGCAAGCUAAACCUGGUGGGUCUUCAGUCACCAUUAAAGCCUCAUCCCAAAGAAUCACCAAAGCCCUCACCACAUAAGACCAGUAGUGAUCCAAGUGAGGGUCUGCAGCGGCCCACCGUCCCCCCCCCACCUCCUCCCUCUCGCCCCCCAGUGCCGCCAAGACCUCAGAUAAGGUUGACAACAGCCUCUUCAGAAACCAGUCUUUUUGAAAGUGGCGAUUCUGCUACAACUUCUAAUGCAACAGUUGCUCCUAUAGUGACUGCCGCCACUAGUGCUUCUGAAAAAUCUCCAGAAAAGGUUCCUCUCACUGGAGCCAAUGAGGAGAAGGCUGGCACAGAGAAAGUAUGUGUCAAACAGGCUGACACAAAGCAGCCCACUAAGCCAAAUGAGUCCACUGAUGAGCUCCCAGCCCUUCCCACUGCAACCAGCAGUAGCAGGGCUGAUCAAGCAAAGGACAAAGCUUCAGAGAGCUCGUGCAGCACACGAGACAGUCUAGAGGACCACUCCAUUUGGGAAUCUCCAGAAACCAUGUUUCGUAAUCAGACAACACGCUGGCCCAAAGCCUCGAUGGUGUUCGAUGUAGAGAGCAAUCACAAGUACCUUAAUGUGGCCCUGUGGUGCAAAGAUCCCUUUAAGCUGGGCAGUUUGUUGUGUCUGGGUCAUGUGAGUCUCCAACUGGAGCAUGUAGCCCUGGAAUGUAUGGCCACAUCUUCAGCAGAGUACCAGAGCACCUUUAGGCUGGGGCCUCCAGAGCCCAGAGCCAAUGUCAGCCGCACUGCACUACGGAGUCUCGGCACCCACAAGGGCUUCAAUGAGAAGCUGUGUUACGGAGAUGUGACCCUGAACUUCUGCUAUUUAGCUGAGGGUGACUUUGAGUUUCCAGGGGGGCUGGUAGAAAGAGAGCGAGAGGGAAGUCUUCUUGAUGAAGAUGUAAAGGAGAGGGAGAGGGAACAUAUCCCCUCAGCACCGCGGGAUGACUUGGCCUUUGGCACCAUGCAGUUGGUAGAGGUUCGUCACAACUUCCAGGACACCCAGUUCCAGAACCCCACCUGGUGUGAAUACUGCAAGAAGAAGGUUUGGACCAAGGCAGCCUCUCAGUGUAUGAUCUGCGCCUAUGUUUGCCACAAGAAGUGCCAGGACAAGUGCCUCUCUGAAAAUCCCUUCUGUGUGGCGGCAACUGAACGUCGUGGAGCUGACCCUGAAGCCAAAUCCACCAUUACCCGGGCGACUGGACUAACUCGCCAUAUCAUCAACACCAGCUCCCGCCUGCUUAAUCUGCGGCAGGUACCUAAGACUCGGCUAGUUGAACAGGUGGUUGAUGUGGUGCCUGGAGCGGUGGAACCCUCACCUAAGCAUACACCCAACACUUCAGACAAUGAGAGCAGUGAUACUGAGACCUACACCAGUGGUGCGAGCCCCUCCAAGCAGCCCGUCAGCUGUGCUGGCAGCAGUAAACUUGUACGCAAGGAAGGUGGGCUGGAUGACAGUGUGUUCAUUGCUGUGAAGGAGAUAGGGCGUGACCUGUACCGGGGGCUGCCCACAGAAGAGCGCUCCCAGAAACUUGAGUUGAUGCUGGAUAAACUGCAGCAGGAAAUCGACCAGGAGCUGGAGCACAAUAACGCCCUUAUGCUAGAGGACAAGGAGGCCACAGAUGUCCGUCGCAAAGCCCUUAUUGGUACUGCCCUGGCCAAGUCUGGGGAGAGACUGCAGGCCCUUACCUUGCUAAUGAUCCAUUACCGGGCUGGGAUUGAAGACCUAGAGUCGGUGGAGAGCACCUCUCCUUCAGAGCAGCAAGGUUUUAAAGGAAAAGGAGAAGGCCUAGAAGACGAUGCCUUGAUGGGGACAGAGGUCUAUGACAGUGAAAUCUGCAGCCCAGUGGAGGUGCAACUGCUGGAUGACAUUACCGAGGAGCAGAUCUGUGUGGAAGCACUCCACUAAAUAAGACUAGAGAAAUAAGUAAGAGGAACAUGCUCUGUGCACCUUUCUCCCUAUCAAACCGUUUCCUUUUGGACAGGAAUUGCAGCAGUCGGUUUUAAAUAUUGGGGUUGUGAGGUCCAGUUUUUGAUCCACUUCAUUUUUACAUGAAAGAAAUGAUAGGAAAAGGAAUUUCCUCCCUAAUAAUUCAUGGUAAUCCUGUCAUUGAUGUUUUGAUUUGCACAGUGUGGUGCCGUCCCCAUGCUUUCCAUGUGUCUCUGGGGUUUAAAAGGGAAACUUGAAAGCUACACUUAUCUGCCCUCAGUAGUGCUGCACAUUCAUCCUUCAGUUUAGUUUUUCUCUUCAAAAGGUCAUUGUAACAAUCUGAUUUGGUUUUCUUUCUUGUCUGUAACUGCUUUGGCAUAAGGACUUGGGACUAUGUGCACAAGUAUGUGCUUCUAGUUUGAAUUAUCUUAAUUUUGGAGAAAUGGUAUGUAUUUAAUAUUUGUUUGUAUGAAGGUGAAAUAUUGGAGUCAAUAUCAAUGUGAACACUACUAAGGGAAAGUAGGUUUACACAUCCACCUCUGUGUUUGUCUAAUGACCGUCCAAGCAGUCAUACAUAUCUUUUGCUUUGAGCACUGUUUACUGUAAUAUAUUUGGAUUUUAGAAGUGACUUUCCCUGCUCAAAAACUCUUUGUGAUUUCAGCAUGAUUAUAAGUAAAACCUAAUAUAUAAUUUGCCAUUCUGUUGUUUUAUUUGUUUGUGUUAGUCAGGCCAAACAUGUUGUUACCCAUAGUUCCCAUAGAAGGAUGUAAAAAUGUAAUUUGUUGGGGUUCUAUUUCUUUUCUAAUAUGUAUGUACGGUUUAAGUUACAUUCUGUUCAGAUUACCCAUUCAAAUUCUAAAACUCUUUGAAGGCACAUAGCAAACUGUCAUGGAUGAGAUGAGAACGGCACAUAAUUGCCUCUUUUUCAUUGAUUGUUUCCACGGAUCUCAUGAUGUUGAAAUUCUCCAACAUUUGUUUAUUUACCUGCUUGAAUGUGGGGUUUUUUCUAUGCUUGUGUGAACAAAUGUUGAUCUGAAACCCUUGUUGUGGUAAAAUUUUGCUUUGUCCUCACAGCUGCAAUUGGAUUUACAUUGGGGCUAAGGGUUGGGGUCAGGCAUUUGCUUGGUAUGUUAAGGAACUUCUUCAAGGAGCUGUGAUGUGAUUGAGUCCCGCUCUUUUGGCUUUGUGAGUUGUUUUCAUACCCAAAUGAAUGUAUGUACGGAUGUUUCUGUUUUGUUUCUAUUCAACUGUUUGGCACCACCUUCCCUUGUUUCCCAGCAAAACCAUCUAUCAAGCAUUGAUGUAGCCUAUUACAAUGAUUCUAUCAGCACUAUCUACUGCUCCCAAAAUGCCUUGCUGUUCAUCCUUUACACCCUUAAAGAGCCUCUGGAAAACAAUUACUUGUCAAGACGGUAUAUGUUGCUUUUGUGUAUUUCAAGGAAACAUCUAUCCUUAACCACUGAGAAUUUUCUGAAUCUAUUCUGUUGACGAUGUUCUUUUCUUUCUUUCUUUAUUCUGAUGGUUAUCUUGCCAAUCAGUGCCACUUCAGAUAUUUCCAGAACAGCAAACAAAAUUGAGUUUGAUUGUGUUUAAAUAAGGAGGUUGAGUUUAGUAGCUUUCUCUAAAUAUUAACACGGAGCAGCACAUCAGAAUUGUGGCGUUCAACAAAUUGUCAAAUUGGUGAACUCAGAGUAGACAGAAGUGUAGUGCCAAUGUUUGAUUGAAAGAGAUUUGCUGUUCAGAACAAAAACAGCCAGUUAUAUAUAACAGAUUGAUUAGCUUGAAGGCUGACCAUAAUCUCCAACACUGCAUAACAGUGAAUAUGACCAGAAUCCAUAGAAAAUCAUAAAGCAUUUAUCAUUGCAGCAGCCCAUGGGAGUUGAGAUAAAUUUAGAUUUCAAAUAAUGGUAUAAGAGAAGUAAUGAGCCAGACUUGAGCCUCGAUCAUACUUGGUGGACUUCACUCCAGUGGCGGGUUUGAAGAAGUGGACACGUUUCACACAUGUACACAAGACAACAUGAUUUUAACCUCUGGACAGUACGAAGAUGAGCUGCUUUGUUCGGCCGAACAACAUGAGAAAUUCCCCAAAACGGUGCGUGACUGCAAUAAGACGCAAAAGGAUGUGGAAUACAGAACAAACGUCAUGACAUGCAUACAUUGCACUACACGAUUAUCCAAGUCACUUUUUUGGCGCAUGCACAGUCUGCGUGCUUGCUGUGUGAACAGUCUGUGUAGUGUCAUAUUUUGGGUCGCAUGCAGAUCACAUAGGGCGGACGCGAACCCUAGCUGACUCGGGCAGAUUGCAAAUCUUUUUGUGGACACCCAGAUUACAGAAAGCAUGAAUUGGCCUUAAGUGGAAGCAAAGGACUAUUUCAUGCAAUUUUUAGUAUAUUCGAUAUGUUGCUCAUGUAGAUAUUGGCUUUUCGGCUGCUAUUGUCAAUCUCUCUCUGUCACUGUAUAUUCAGAUUUUUGUGCAAUAUUUUUGUAGGAAAUGAAACUGGUAAUCUGCAAUGAAUCCCAAUGUCUGUGAUUUGUCUUCUUUUUUCUCUGAAAGUGUGUAGUUGAUGUGCCCAUCUUGGAGCCCAAUGGAAAUCUGGGAGGAGUUCACACUGUAAACCCCUCUUAGCCUGAGAAGCACUGCUUUUGCUGCUGCUGUUGUUGCGAUGUGCUUUUCCACUGAACUCAUAAUCAUAUGCUUCUGCCACCCCUCCCCCAGUCCUAACCUUUGAAACUGCACCCGCUGUACGAUUGUCCACCACAGCUUUCAGCAGGUCGACAUGGUGUUUGUUUCUUUUUGUGUACGUGAGGGAUGUAGUACAGCUUUCAAGGAGGCUCAUGUGAUGACGCUUUAUUGUCCAUAACCCAAAUAAACAAGCUCAAAAUGGUU